UCAUCAUUUUCAUAUAACUCGAUCCACGUACAAACUGAUUGAAGGAGUAAUAGAGAUCAUCGAUCGAGGACCAACGAUCGUAGAAUCAUUGAUGUGUAAAGAAAGAAUAAAUAAAUGAUAUGUGUAGACUGACAUUCUUAUUUUAUUUCCAUUUGGAAAUUAUGGACUGAAUUAAUAAAAAUCGACUAAACUACAAAAUUCAACGUAGCAUCGAAGCCCAUAUGACGAAUCGAAUCGUGAAGGUUUCCAUGACAACGAAUGUUUUCCUUUUAAUAACUGUUAUGGCGGACGUUGAGGGAAGGUUUCGUUCUCACAAUGUUAACUUAUUGUCAAAGCUAUACAAUGCUUUGGCGUUGUUAAAAUCUCAUAACGCUAUAAAAGGAAACUUGUAAGAUCUCGUAGGCGAAACUAAUAUCGCGGGGGCGACAUGACGUCUUGUUUUUAUCUUCAUCGUUUCUUUCCCAGAAGAAUUAGCUUAGUCGCAGGUAAUCUAGCUUCUUCUAUUCAUUAUAUUUUCUCAUAGUCUGAGAGAACAAUUCGAGUAUUUUUCGUGUGACCUUGAGAAGAACGAUAAAUCGAAAAAGAAGAACAGAAUCGUUUGAUGUUCGAAGAGGGGAUACAGUGUAUUAUUUUAAAAUUAUUUUUCGUAUGUGAAUUAUGAAUCAAUGAAAUAGCGAUGACUAUAAGAAACAUUUCUGAAAAAUUCUGAUCUUAUUGAAUGAACCGAUUCGAGAACAUCAUUUUGAAGAAAGAAUAUUUGAAUAAAUGGAGGGAGAUGCGGCUGAAGUAUUAUUGCCCUGUGCAAUUUGUACACGGACAUUCAUGCCACGAUCUUUAGAAAAACAUGCAAAGAUAUGUGAACGAGCUACGGCAAAAAAACGAAAGCCAUUCGAUUCGGCUAAACAGAGAAUUCAGGGUACUGAUCUCGCGGAAUUUCUCCCGCGACAGGAGAAGAAAAGAUAUUCGAAUGAUGAGAAACAUAAAUCUUCAUGGAAAGAGACGCAUGAUGAUUUUUUACGAACAAUUAGGGCUGCUCGAAGUGAAACGGCAAGUAUGAUAAUCAAUCAAAGGCAAUCGAGUUCCCACGCGUCUUCAGGUGCACCGAUGAGAGCUAAUGAAAAGGGUACGUGUCCAACGUGUAAUCGUCAAUUUGGAGUAAAAGCAUACGAUCGACACGUAGCCUGGUGUAAGGAAAGAUCAACGAGAUUACCAAUAAGUCCAGCUACGAAGAACAUUGCUAAGGAACGUUUGGAAGCGCGUAUGAAGUAUCGUGCGCCGACUUUGAAAAAUCGUCGGAAGAAUAAUCGUGAUAAAUAUUCUCAGAGUUGUACAGCCAAUAAAACAUCUAACAGAGUGAGAGAAACAGUUUCUGUACCUGAUAAUACUCGUGAGAAGAUCAAGGAGAAUAUUACUAAUUCGCAAAAAACAAUCGUAACUGGCCGAGGGGAUCAAUCAAAUAAUGGAGAAACAUAUAAUUUAGGUGAAUCUAGAGAAGCAACAAAACGUUCUAUAGUUAGGACUUCGAAUUCAUCUAAUCGUCCUCUAUGGAGUAAUUACAUGCGCAGACGACCGGAUUUUAAUCUCGUGCUUAGGUGUAGAAUUGGUGCCUGCAAGGAAUACGAUCCUUUUGUAAUAGCAGAACGACAAAUGCAAGAUUUGUUAUCGGAUUCGAGUGAUUUAUCCUUAACAGAAAUUCCAUCGUCGUCGUCAACAAAAUCACUCCUUCCUCUUUCACAUUCUUCCGCUUUCAUUAAAUACCCAUACCAAACUAAAACAAAUCUUUUAGAAAAAUCCAUUACCAACGAAUUCGAUGAACUCACAUCAGAUUUUUCGAGCGAUUCCACAGAAACAAAUUCACUAUCGCGUGAAAUAUUUCUUAAAGAUUUUCAUGAUUCAAAGAAAAACGAUCGGACAAAAAAGAUUUCUAAUAGAGAACUCGGUCGUAGAAUGAUCAUUGACAGAUCAUUAGCUUUGGGCAAAGAAAUUGAUCAAGAUAAAUCUAAUAGUAUCGAUAAGCAAUAUAAAAAUGAUAUUUUUAAUAAAGGAAUCUCUAAAUCUAUACCUAAUAGAUCACAAACGAUUCGUGCUUUUUCAGCACCUAAAUCUAUUUAUCAAAGAAAAAAUAAAACUCUUAACGCUAAAGAUAAUAAUAAUCAAGAAGCGAAAUAUAAUGAUAAUAACGUUCGAAACGAUUAUUUAACAUUUUCAAAUAGCGAUCUUAGCCUUAGCUCGAUCGUUUCUUCUGAGAUUGAUCUAAAACGUUCUAAUUCUGUAUUCGAUCAAUUAAUAACUUCUUUCGAAGAUGAUAUCGUUGGUAAUGAUUCUUUUCCAUCCUUGAGGUCUCUCCUAAGAAACGAAUCCUUGAGAGCUUCAUCCAAUGGUCCACCUCCUCCUGAUAAUAACAGGCAAUUUGAUGGACAUAUCAGUGACGAGGAAUUUUCUUCAGCGGAAAAUUACAAACAACAGGAACAUAAAAUUAAUGCUGAUUCUGCAUACAGCAGUUUAAAUCGCAAAUAUUCCAACCAUGGACGCAGCAGUAACAACGACACGACAAAUCGUAUGGAGGAUAACAUGUCCAGGAAUAAUCGUCGAGAAAGUCAACCAUCGAUUUCAAAGACGAAAUGUAGGAUGUCAAGAUUUUGUCACGAGUGUGGAUCUAGAUUUCCUGAGACUGCCAAGUUUUGUUGCCAAUGUGGUGUCAAGAGGCUUGCACUUUGAUUUCUUUAUUUAUUUAUUUAUUUUUUUUUCUUUUUUACAUUCAGUGUUGGAAAAGAUUUUUUUUUCUUUU